AUGCACUCAGAAAAUCUAGUUACCAUUAGAACAUCUAUUGAUUGUUCUAACAUCAAACUAUGCAUUCAGCAGAUCAAGUACUCACUUUCAUCAUACCAAGACUUGGCAUUUCUCAUCCCUGAUGGUUGGAGCAACAGUGAUCUGAUUAUGAUUGUCACACCAAUACCCCCAAAAUUUCUCAUAUUCUUCAACAAUAUCCAGGACAUGAUUGCAGCUGCAAAAACACUGCAGAAGCGACUUCCCCUUGACAUGCACCACAAAAUUAAAUGGUAUAAUUCAGAUAUGACAGUGGAGUACAAAGAAAAUGAAGUGAACCACCUCAUUUUGGGCGAGACAUGGGGACUCUGUAUGAUGGAAUCUUUCAGAAUGGGAAUGGACAUACCUGAUAUCUUACUGGUUAUACAAUGGAGGGCAAUGUGCAAGCUUUUGACAUUGUGGUAA